UAAUUCACUAGCUAAGGUCAAACAUUGAGUGAGCUGACCCAGGCUAAACGGGCGUAUUUUGUGACGGAAGUGUUAACGUAUAAAUUUGCCAAUGCUCUUCGGUGCACACUGUUAAUCUAUGUCUUAGCGGUAUGUAGAAAAUGGACUGUGACUCAGGAAUGGCUUCCUGGAAUCCCCAUCCUUCUGAUGGUGCACGUGAUACUGAAGAUUUGGAAGAAAAGCUACGCCAAAGCGAGGAAUUAAGAGAAGAAACGGCAAGAAAACUCGAGGAAGAGACUCAGCUGAAAGUCUUCUACCAAGGUCAAGUCAGCCAGUUGGAAUCCAAACUUCAAGACCACGAGGAAAGGCUGUGUAGUCUGGAGAGAAAAAUGGCCUCGCUACUGGAGAAGCCCCAACUUCAACCGGUGGUGAGCGAAACAGACAAGCUAGCGGGGCAGGAUCAGAGCAAGUCCGGAGACUCCCAAGGGUUGGUCAAUCGGGAAAUAAAAGCUGGCGAAACAUGUACCUUCGGCUUGGAUCCUGCGACCAUUCAUGGCAAGUUAGAGACUCAGGAAGACAGUGAUAAGGGGAAUAUUCUCAUCAAAUACAACGGAGACCAAGAGGUUGUCAACACCUUGGGUCGGUUUGUGGGGAAGUCCCACACUGCCCUGGGAGAUGUACUGGUCAGUGGAGGGAGGAUGUACUGGGAAGUGGACGUGCACAAAUCCAACCACUACCGCAUCGGUGAGCAUAGUCUGCCUGCUUUUCGUUAUGAAGGCGUGGCUACGAAGACCGUUAAGCGUGACAAGUGGAUCGGUGACACCAAGAAGUCCUGGUGCAUCAGGAACAACGACGGGGAGGUGUCCGCCCGACACAACUAUGAGGACUGUGGUCUGCCGCUGGUCCGGAACCCGCCAGUGAUCGGUGUUCUUCUCGACUACGACAACGCGAAGGUCCACUUCUUCGAUGCCGACAGUAGUAAACACCUACACACAUACGAGGUUGACGUGAGCGAACCCGUUCGUCCGGCGUUCCAAGUAAACGAAGGCUAUGUGGUAGUGGAUACCGCAGUUUCUCUUGCUAAAAUGGAGGAACUUCUAGCUGUCAUGGACGCUGCUAGCGACAGUAUUCCUGACGUGAAACAUGAGGCAUCUUUGCGCAAGACUCGUUUCUUCAAUGACGCCAGACUGACAGACCUUUCCAAAUCCCUCGGUAAAGAGUGGCGGCAGGUCGCCAGCUGCCUCGGUCUGGAAAAGGUUCAGCUAGACAAGGUGGAGAUAAAUUACCCACGUGACCACAACCGGCAGGUUCUAGAAGGCCUGUCUGCUUGGAGGCUUACUAUGAAGGACGAUGAUGCCAUGUUGGAAGAGCUCACAUCAUGUCUGCGGAAAGGGGGCCGUUCCGACAUGGCAGAGAAAAUACAAGAGGAAUACGAAAAAUCUGAAAACCCUUCCUAGAGGACUGAGUUUGAAUCUAAUAAAAUAUUCACAAUCAU